AUGUUGUUUACAAUAGUAGAGAAGGAGGUUUCUCCAUGUGUUGGUCGUCUGGAGGUGGUGGAUUCAGAAGCUGAGUUUGUGCAGUGGAAGAUAAAGUAUCAGACAGUGCUGCAUUCAGAAAAAGCGUUCACUGGUACGGCAUCUCUGACUCAAGAGAGAAUCCUGCAAGAGAACAUCUCUCUUCUGCUGAAGAACACUCACCAUGAACACCAGGGUCUUUACCUAUUCAUGAAGGAUGAAGACAUCAGACUUGCCACACACAUUAAUCUCACUUUGACAGAACCCCGUUCUCCCAGUACUGUGUUUGUUAAAGCGGGUGAGGAGGUGGAUCUGCUGUGUUUUGGCCGUGUGGACUGGUUUGGUGCAGAAGCUGAGUUUGUGCAGUGGAAGAUGGAGGAUCAGAUGGUUCUGCAGUGGGAAAAAGGUUCUCAGAUUGUGGGUUAUCAGUUCAGAGGUAGAGUGUCGCUGCCCAAAGAGAAAAUCUACCAAAAUAACAUCUGUCUCGUGUUGAAGAACAUAAGCCAUGCUGACCAGGGCAGUUACGCGUGCUUAUUUGUGAAGGACCAAAUCAUCAGACUGGGCACACAGAUUAACCUCACUGUGACAGAUCACAUGACCCGGUUGGAGGCGGAGUUUGGUUCCUCUGUGCUCCUUCCCCUCCACACUGUAUCUCCAGUGAUUGUGGGCUUCCUGCCUGAUGGAGGGAACGGUUCUGUACGAGUGUGUGAGGUGGAGAAAGAGCAGAUGGAGUGUGGAGCAGCUUAUUCACACCGUACAGAUCUACAGCAGCACUCCCUGGAGCUGAGGAAGCUCUCCAUGGAGGAUUCUGGAACGUUCUCAGUGAUGGAGAGAGAAACACGGCGCACUGUCAGUGUUCUCUUCAUACAGGUGUUCCCUCCAUCUACAGGUCCACCUGAGGAGGCUGAACCUAGAGGAAGGACAAUCAUAAUCAUCAGUGUUAUACCUGUCUUUAUAGUCAUGGUGAUUGUGUUGAAGUGGAGGAGGCGGAGACGAACAGGGAGCUGUCAGUGA